GAUGGGAAGGAAGCCAUGCUGCGUAAGGGAAGGGCUCAGGACAGGAGCGUGGACUGCGCAGGAAGACCACGUACUUGUGUCCUACAUCAAGGUUCAUGGAGACGGUAAAUGGAGGAGCCUCCCCAAACGAGCAGGCUUAAAGCGCUGUGGAAAGAGCUGCCGGCUGCGGUGGCUCAACUACCUGAGGCCCGGUAUCAAGCGAGGCAACAUAUCCGAUGACGAAGAAGAGCUCAUCAUCAGACUACACAAGCUCCUUGGAAACAGGUGGUCUCUAAUCGCAGGAAGGCUGCCAGGGCGAACAGACAAUGAAAUCAAGAACUACUGGAACACAACCCUAGGGAAGAAAGUCCACGGCAACGCAUCCCAAACGAAGCCCAUCCUGAAUGUCUCCCUGGCCGAUUCGACGACGGCGGGAACGGGAGCAGCUGGAGAUGCAUCCGUCGUCCAAACCAAGGCCCAGAGGUGCACCAAAACGUUCUUCCACCAGGACCAAGGACUCCUGCCAGCUCCAAUCGACCACCAGCGUCAUGAAUCGACGACGGCCGAACCCACCAGCCCCUCCAAAGCUCCUCAAAGUGAUGUUUCUCUUGACGGCGUUCCCCUAGUACCAGGAGAAGAAGACGAGGCUGUCUGUUUUAGCAUGUCUCCCAACAGCACUCUCUUGCUCGAUAUGCCGUCCAUGGAAGACUGGAUCGGGAGUGAUUGUUUUCAGCCGGACAUCGAUUUCAGCUUCACUUCAGUAGCUUCCUUCUUUGAUACGGAGGAGUGGCUGAAUUGGACCUAAAACCAUUGCCUCUUGACAGUAUCUUAACUCAGAAAGAUUGUCUCCAAAGAUAAUUCAUCACAGUAUAUAUCGGAAUAAAGAAAAAAAAGGGAUCAAAAUGAUC